AUGCCGGCAACUCUCCGCAAGCAGCGGCAGCGCUGCCGCUGCUCGCGGAGAGGUCCGCGAAGCCUGGGCGCGCUGAUCUCAGCGCGCGCAGGCUUCGGCAUGCCGGCAACUCUCCGCAAGCAGCGGCAGCGCUGCCGCUGCUCGCGGAGAGGUCCGCGGAGCCUGGGCGCGCUGAUCUCAGCGCGCGCAGGCUUCGGCAUGCCGGCAACUCUCCGCAAGCAGCGGCAGCGCUGCCGCUGCUCGCGGAGAGGUCCGCGAAGCCUGGGCGCGCUGAUCUCAGCGCGCGCAGGCCUCGGCAUGCCGGCAACUCUCCGCAAGCAGCGGCAGCGCUGCCGCUGCUCGCGGAGAGGUCCGCGAAGCCUGGGCGCGCUGAUCUCAGCGCGCGCAGGCUUCGGCAUGCCGGCAACUCUCCGCAAGCAGCGGCAGCGCUGCCGCUGCUCGCGGAGAGGUCCGCGGAGCCUGGGCGCGCUGAUCUCAGCGCGCGCAGGCUUCGGCAUGCCGGCAACUCUCCGCAAGCAGCGGCAGCGCUGCCGCUGCUCGCGGAGAGGUCCGCGAGCCUGGGCGCGCUGA